UUGUUCAGGUACCCUUUUCAGAAGCUUCCUAGCCUUUUGAGAGUGUGCGCAACCGUGGUGCGUUGGCCCAUGGUACCGAGAUUUCUUUGAUCCCUGACAAAGCAAAUCCCAGCCCACAGCUGCAGCAGCUGUAGCUAGGUGGAGUCAAUUUUUGCUUGGACAAUGGCCAUGAAAAUAAUGGCAAUAUUUUUAGAGGUUGUCCGUGUAUAAAAACAUAAGUAGCUCGGCGUUUGUUGUGAAGAUCACCUUCUCCCGUCAGACCGACCAGCUUCCCGUGAAAUCUGCCUUCGUAAAACGAACGCGAAGCCAAUCAUAAGAUUUCAUUGACGAGCAAUAUGGCACCGAUCAUCCACUGUGUUCGUCAUGCGCAGGGCUACCACAACCUCUCCAUUGCCAGCCAUGCCAUUCGGGAUCCCCUCCUCACACCGUUCGGUCAACAGCAAUGUCAGGAGCUCCAACAAAACUUCCCACACCACGAAAAUGCAGAGCUCAUAGUCGCCUCACCCCUCCGACGUACCCUCUACACCGCGCUCCUGAGCUUCGCGAGCACCAUCAAGAACAAGAAUCUCACAGUUGUGGCCUUGCCCGAAACGCAGGAGACCAGUGCGCUACCGUGCGAUACUGGCAACCCAGUGCAAGACCUCAAGCAGGAGUUUGAAGACCGGCCUGUCGACCUAUCGUUGCUUGAUGAAACCUGGGGUCAGAAGCGAGCGCGGUGGGCACCUACAGCAGAAGCCAUCGAAGCGCGCGCCAAGGCUGCGCGACAAUGGCUGAUGUCGCGUCCAGAAAAGGAGGUUGUAUUGGUGACACACGGGGGGUUCCUGCACUACUUUACCGAAGACUGGGCUGGCUGUGAAAAGUACGCCGGCACUGGAUGGGCCAACACCGAGUAUCGCAGCUACUCGUUUAUCGAUUCGGACUCUGGCGAAGCUCAUCUCGCCGAGACUCCUGAAUCAUACCAGCGCCGUGCUGGCACCAAUCGUCCUCUCACACCAACCGAGCAGGCUGAUUUGAAACGUCAUGCAGAACUAGAGUGGGAUCGUGAUGGUUACGUAUUGCAGCGGCCUUUGGCGCAUCACAUUCAAGAGGUUGGUGUGAAGGCGUGAUCUGGAAAGGGUAGCCGAGGAGCUUCAGGUGUUGAACUUGAUCUCAUGUAAGACCUGCGUUUCCGAGUGGGAUUCGCGAUUCGAAUCAGGGUAUAUAGCUUCAGAACGAGCGGGAUAAUGUUGAAAGCAAGAGCAAUAAUAGCGCAGUACGAAAAAUUCUUCCCGAGCAAUUUGAAG